AUGUCAGGGCCAGUACCAAGCAAGGCCAGAGUUUACACAGAUAUUAAUUUACAAAAACCCCAAGAAUACUGGGAUUAUGAAACAUAUAUUGUAGACUGGGGAAUUCAAGACAAUUAUCAGCUUGUUCGAAAAUUAAGCCGGGGAAAAUAUGGGGAAGUGUUUGAAGCCAUUGACAUAACUAAUAAUGAAAAAAGGGUUGCUAAAAUUCUAAAGCCAAUAAAGAGGAAGAAAAUCAAGCGUGAAAUCAAGGUCUUGAAGAAUUUGCAAGGUGGUCCUAACAUCAUCACUUUGCUAGAUAUUGUAAGAGAUGUCGAGUCACGAGUACCUGCUUUAAUUUUUCCGUAUGUCAACAACACCGACUUCAAGAAAUUAUAUGACAUGUUAACAGAUUUUGAAGUUCGAUUUUACACCUAUGAGAUUUUAAAGGCCUUAGAUUUCAGUCAUGGCAUGGGGGUUAUGCAUAGAGAUGUGAAGCCCCAUAAUGUCCUAAUUGAUCAUGAUCAGAGAAAGCUGUGGCUCAUAGACUGGGGUUUAGCUGAAUUUUACCAUCCUGGCCAAAAAUAUAAUGUUCGAGUCGCUUCCCGAUACUACAAAGCUCCUGAGCUUCUUGUAGACUAUGACAUGUACAAUUAUAGCUUGGAUAUGUGGAGCUUAGGAUGUAUGUUGGCUAGUAUGAUCUUUCGCAAAGAACCAUUUUUCCAAGGACGUGACAAUAAUGAUCAGUUGCUGAGGAUAUCCAAAGUUCUGGGCACAGAAAGUUUAUAUGACUAUAUUGGCAAAUACAAAAUUAAAUUGCAUUCAUCUUUCAAAGAUCUCAUAGGCAAACACACCCGUAAGCCAUGGGAGCGCUUUGUGCACAGUGGAAACCAGGAUCUUGUGAACCCCCAGGCAUUAGAUUUCCUAGACAAACUGCUAGAAUAUGACCAUGAGACACGAAUCACUGCCAGAGAGGCCAUGGAUCACCCCUAUUUCUCUGCUAUCAUGACGGAGGAGAGUCAAAUAAGUUCAUCUAGAAGACAAGAGAGCAGUAUGUCUGCCAGCAGGACAGAAAUUUCUUCAAUGUCAACCCCUCCAAAUUGGGCAGGGUCCACAACAGUUGCUGCUUACAAUUACUUUGGCAAGACUUCUACAUCUCAGAAGUAA